AUGGCUUCCGUGACCGACAGUAAAGCCGGGGUCAAAGAUGCCUCCGACCAGAAUUUUGACUACAUGUUUAAACUGCUCAUCAUCGGCAACAGCAGCGUGGGCAAAACCUCCUUCCUCUUCCGCUAUGCUGACGACACCUUCACCCCAGCCUUCGUCAGCACGGUGGGCAUCGACUUCAAGGUGAAGACGGUCUACCGCAAUGAGAAGCGAGUGAAGCUGCAGAUCUGGGACACAGCGGGGCAGGAGAGGUACCGGACCAUCACCACAGCCUAUUACCGUGGGGCCAUGGGCUUCAUUCUGAUGUAUGAUAUCACCAAUGAGGAGUCCUUCAAUGCUGUGCAAGAUUGGGCUACUCAGAUCAAGACCUACUCCUGGGACAAUGCACAGGUUAUCCUGGUGGGAAACAAGUGUGACAUGGAGGAAGAAAGGGUUGUUCCCACUGAAAAGGGCCGACUCCUCGCAGAGCAGCUGGGGUUUGACUUCUUUGAAGCCAGCGCCAAGGAGAAUAUCAGUGUGAGACAGGCCUUCGAGCGCCUGGUGGAUGCCAUUUGCGACAAGAUGUCUGAUUCACUGGACACGGACCCCUCCGUGCUGGGUGCCUCCAAGAACACCCGUCUCUCGGACACCCCGCCGCUGCUGCAGCAGAACUGCUCGUGCUAG